UUCGGACGUGUUUCUCGGUACACUUUGCGAAUUAAUUUUUGUGUGAAUUAUUUAUAAAAAAAAAAACAAAAAUAAUAACAAAAGAAAAUACCAACAAAGCAAAGUUCAUGUAAGGUGAAUUUUGUAUUUUAACGAAAACGAAAAAAAAAUUACGAAAAAUAAUAAAAACGAAAGUGCGAAAAAAAACCGCCAUAAAAUAUUUGAAUAAAUUUGAAAAAAAAAACGAAUUACGAAAAAAAAUUAAAUUAAAUAAAAAAAAUAACAACAAAGGAUAAAAAAAGUAAUAAUCAUUGAGGUGUGUUACUUCAGAUAAAAUUUUAUGCUUACACCAAGAAUUUCCGUUAGAACAAAGAAAAACUAUUGAAAUGAUAAACUCAUGAAAAAUAGUCAUAAAAGUGUAUAAAAGUGAAAUAAAAAAAAAAGUUUUAUCAAAAAUAUUGUCUGUAAAGUUUGUCAGCAGCAGCAUCAUCCUGCAUACAAAUACAAAAUUUUUUCAUAUGUGUCAUUUAUGAAACAAAAGUCAAGUGAAAAAAACUAAAACAAUUUAUGAAUCAAACUUUUUAUUACUUUAGCCGCUAUCAUUAUAAUCGGCAUCAUCAUCAUCGUUAAAAUUUCUCUACGCUGCAUAUUUAAAUCCAAUUUCCCGAUAAAAAAAAAAUUUCCAAUUUCCAUCUAUUUUAAUAGACGCCUCCUCCCCGUGCGAAUGAGGUUGUAAAAAACUGUAAAAUGUGUUUUUAAUGUUGAUUGCAAAAUUUAUACAAUUUUUGCGCCGCAUCAUUACUUCAUAGAGAAAUCCUGCGAGAAGACUCGAGAGACAUAAACAUUUCAAGUGUCAGACAUAAAAAAUAAAAUUCAAGAGAAAAUCUUGUUGUUGCAAAAUUAUAUUACCAAAAAAAAUACACGUGUAUAAAGAUUACCUUUUUUUCCGUGUCAAGGAUCAACUCGGAAAAUUUGAGAAGAAAAAAAAAUGAGUGUCGCUUAAAUAAAUCUAAUAGAGGAAUCAAAUUUAAUAAACUGUGUAAUCGACUUAUGUGACAUACGUACAUUUAGGAAAUUGUUGAAUUUUCCAAAAAUUAAGAUAAAUAGGAAAAAGGGUGAACAAGUACCAAAAAAUUAUUUUAUUGGAAAAAGAAGAAGGGUCGUUUCGAUACAAGACAAAAACUUCUGGCUAAACUUCUUGUCAAUGUCGAUGACGUCAAAGACUGCAAAAAAAAAGUAAAUAAUAAACAAUGUGAAGAAGUAUCAAAAUAAAUACUUACAGCAAAAAAACAGCAAAAUAAACAUUUUUUCAUUCAAGUUAAGACGCGCACGUGUAAAAACCGCAAGUACUUAUAUUACGCGAAAUUCAAUGGUUUACUUUUGCUUGUCAGAGUAAAUUUUUUUUGUGGGUACACGAGUAUUUCGGGAAAUUAAAUUAUUUGAAAGGACGCUGCUUGUCAAACAUCACACAACACAAAAAAUAAACACAGAAUAAAAAGAUGAGUCACAUGAUGCGUCGUCGUUUGGGCUCAAUGUCCGAUAACAGUGCCCCCUCAUCGGAUGCAUCGGAAGGUGCUUCGGAAAUUUCCGACUCCAUCGCUCACGAUUGGCAUAUCGAGUCAGCACAUCAAGUAAAGGACUUAUUUUGCGUCGAGAACGAUGCCACUUCGGAUUCGGAUGACACGACAAUCGACACUGGCAUGAUAAAUGAUCAGGAACGCGCACAAAUCGAGAGUUUCUUCAGCGGAUUAGGCACAGAGGUCUUUGUUGCUGCAUCGCUGGCCAACUUGUACGAAAAUAUCGGAAAGGACAAUUGGAGGCUAAUUUACACAGGCGUGCCCGUUUUGAUUCACGACAAGGGCUCGGCACGAGCUAGAGGUGUCAGGAGAGUCACAUUCGUGCUUGCCGAACGUGGAACAUGCUUUGCACUCUGGCGCGACACAAUCGAUAACUUGUCGAAUUACAAACAAAGUGGUGCAGCAUUUCACACGAUGUGUUUAUCAACAGAUCAUCGCAAAAUAAUCGGCUUCAGUUUCGACUCGCACCAAGCUGCCCGCGAAAUUUGGCUGUCUGUCGAAAAAUUGAUCAGCGAUCCGGAGAACAUUGCACUUUCAGCCCCCGGUCGCAAACACAAAAAACCAACAAAAAAGCAGAAAAUAAUUUUGCCACCCAAAUCUCAGAUCAGUCUACCAUGUCAAUUUCAUCACGUGACAAGUGUAACGCGCAACGAUACAUCGCGAUUCUUCAGUCUGCAAGCAUUCAUUUCGCCAUCCAGUCGGAAGCGGGACAUCAACUAAGGAAGAAAGUGCUUUAACAUGUCGAGUCUGUAGGAUAAGAAAAGUAGUCUGUAGUACCGAAAAAAAAAGUGAGAAGAAAAAAUGGCAAAGAAAUGUUUGUUCUGAAGACUGGCUCUAUGAUGCUUGAGAUUGAUUGAAGGAAGAUUUUUUAUAAUGAAAUUUGAAAGAAAAAAAAAAUUAAAAUUAUUAAAAAAUAUAAAAUAUUGUUAAAUGUACUCCAUUUCUGUUAUUUUUUAUGACUAAGUUUUGUAGAUAAUUUAUUAAUGAAUAAACAAAAAUAAAAUAUAUUCCAUAUUAGUUGUGUAAGAAAAGCAAGUAUUAUUCAAAAUAAUAUUGAUAAAAGUGGCUAAUUAUUCCCAAUUUAAUAUACAAAUAAAAAAAAAA